AUGAGACACAUCUCCGCUUACUUUCUGAGCUGUGCCUUCUACGCCAUCCUCUUUGUGCAGCAAGACGCACGCCGAGACUUGCCAGAGAGACUUUCCUCCGGGCAGGAGAUUGCGACCAAGGAGGUCGACGAAGAGGAUUGGAAAGAAAAGUUGAGGAGUGCGCAGGAAGCAGCUGCUCACGCUUCCCUGGAAGCCGAAGAUUUGAAGAAACGGCUGAGAAGCACCGAGGAGAAGGCGGCGCGCGAAGCAGACGAUCUGCAGGAAUUCACAGCACGAGCUUCCCAAGAAGCACAAGAAUGGAAGGAGAAGUUGAAAAGUGCGGAGGAAGCAGCUGCUCACGCUUCCCUGGAAGCCGAAGAUUUGAAGAAACGGCUGAGAAGCACCGAGGAGAAGGCGGCGCGGGAAGCCGACGAAUUGAAGGAGAAAGCGGUGCACGCCUCCAAUGAAUCCGACAAGCUAAAGGAGAGGCUGAAGGACUCAGAGGAUGCCUCGGCGACCAUCAGAGAUGCUGUCCGCGAGCUCCGCAGCCAGUUGGCAGAGGCGGCAUCCCGGAACACCGCGAUGCAGGCAUCUGAGGCUGCGGUUGAUGCCGAAACAUCUGCUCUGAGAGACCAGGUGAAGCAGCUGGAGGCAGCAUUGCAAGAUGCCACCAAGAAAGCGGCGGAAGAGGCUGCUGCUGCUGCGGAGGCCUCUGCCUUGAGAGAUCAGGUGAAGAAGCUGGAGGAUGAGACGGCGUCUGCGAUUCGCGAUGGUGUUGAGGAGCUUCGUGAGAAGCUGAAAAACGCAGAGGCAGCAUCGCAAGAUGCAGGAAAGCAGGCAGCAGCAGAGGCUGCUGCUGCUGCGGAGGCCUCUGCUUUGAGAGAUCAGGUGAAGAAGCUGGAGGAUGAGACGGCGUCUGCGAUUCGCGAUGGUGUUGAGGAGCUUCGUGAGAAGCUGAAAAACGCAGAGGCAGCAUCGCAAGAUGCAGGAAAGCAGGCAGCAGCAGAGGCUGCUGCUGCUGCGGAGGCCUCUGCUUUGAGAGAUCAGGUGAAGAAGCUGGAGGAUGAGACGGCGUCUGCGAUUCGCGAUGGUGUUGAGGAGCUUCGUGAGAAGCUGAAAAACGCAGAGGCAGCAUCGCAAGAUGCAGGAAAGCAGGCAGCAGCAGAGGCUGCUGCUGCUGCGGAGGCCUCUGCUUUGAGAGAUCAGGUGAAGAAGCUGGAGGAUGAGACGGCGUCUGCGAUUCGCGAUGGUGUUGAGGAGCUUCGUGAGAAGCUGAAAAACGCAGAGGCAGCAUCGCAAGAUGCAGGAAAGCAGGCAGCAGCAGAGGCUGAUGCUGCUGCGGAGGCCUCUGCCUUGAGAGAUCAGGUGAAGAAGCUGGAGGAAGCUUCCCAGGGCGCCACCCAGCAAGCAGCUGCAGAGGCAUCUACGUUGAGAGAUCAGAUUUUGAAGCUGGAGGCAACGUCAAAGGAUGCCACAAGGGCAGCAGAAGAGGCAUCGGCUCUAAGAGAUCUGGUGAAGAAAUUGGAGGCCACAGUUGAAGAGUCAGCAGAGGAGGCAGAAAGGAGCAAGGCGCACUGCGCUGGCCUGCAGAAGUCACUCGUGGAUUCGGAAGCGGCUUCGGAGGAUCUUCGGCAGAAGCUCGUCCACUGGGAAUCGCCGGGGCAGAAGGGUGCAGAAAAUGCAGAUACUUCCCUACAGCUGCGAAAGACCGAGCACGGCGAGAACUUGGAAGGGGAGAGUGGCCUGGAGGAAGUGAAGCUUAAGCAUGUGCAAGCUUCGUCUCUUCAGCUGGAGAAGCUCAGCAGCGACCUCCAUGCGCACUUGCGGAAGGCCGGCGAGUCCUCGGCAGACCAAGAGGCGUCAGUGCAGAACCUCAGCAUGAGGUUACGGAGCAUCGAGGCGGUGGCGGCGGAUAAAGAGAAGCUGGCAGCAGAGAUCCGGGCGCAGCUUCGGCAUGUCGAGGCUGGAGAUUCCGAGUCCCGAGAGUUGCCUGAGGGCUUAAUGGCAAAGCUGCGGGAGGUGGUAUCAGACAGUCACGGUGAAGCCAACAAAGAGGAAGCUUUUCAGGUGCGGUUGAGACAUGUGGAGGCCGCAGCUGUUGAGACAGAAGCUGCCUCAGCAAAGCUGCAAGUUCAGCUGAGGAAUGCCGAGGCUUCUUCAGCCCAUCUUGAGGAUGAAGUGCAAACGCUUCGUGUACAGUUGCGACACGUGCCCCAGCGGGAGGUUGAGCACACAGGUGUGCAAACUGAUGGCAGGCCCAUGAGUUCAGCACGCAGGAAGAAUAAGACGGUGCUCUUCGGCACAGAAGAGCAACAAUCUCUGCCUGGAAGCGUCCAUUCUGAGAAGAUCGAAGAUGUCGACUCAGCCGACGACAAGCCUGAGAAACGCUCGCCGAAGUCCCGCAUCAAGUCCGUGGAUUUCCAGAGGACAGGAUCCGCCGUGUCGUUCGUUCUGCAGUCCGAUGACGAGUCUGCCAGUGAUCGUGGUGAACCGAUGGCAGGCAGAAUGUCCACCGUGUCGCAAUAUUCCGCAGUGUCGGAGUACUAUGACACUUACAACGAGACAUCGCAGCCUUGCCGAAGGAGCCGACUCCGCUCCACCCUGGAGACCUACAACGAAGAGGACCUCUGGGACCCGGAGCACGUGGCCAUGGUCACCCGGAAGCUCUUCCUGAAGCACGACAAGGAUCGGACGGGGCGCAUCGAGUGGGCCUCGGGCGAGGCCAUCAAAUUCUUGGAGGAGUUCUUCUGGUUGCACAAGCAGCCACCUCCGAAGAUCCCGAAGCCUGCCUUCCACAGCCUCUACGUCCAGGUGAAGAUGGACAGCAAACCUUGGGACUCCGAGAUUCAGCAAGAUGACGAGGCAACGGGUCUCAACGUGGAGGAGAUGACAGCUUUUGCAUCCAAGGUCCACCAGUUCGUCUACAAGCAGCUGGGCAAAGAAAUGAGAGCACAACGCAAGAGCUUUGCCAUCAGCACCGGGGACACCGAAGCCUUGAAGCAGGUCUCGAAAGAGGAGGCCGCACACGAGCCCCACCGCUCAACGCGCCGGGCCACGCUUGGCGGGGCCAAGUUGCAGGACCUGGCUCCGGAUGGCCUCGAGGAGGAGGCCCACCGCCGCAUGACCCAGCGGCGUGCCACCCUGGGGGGAUCCCGACUGCAGGACCUGGCUGGGGUUGGUGGUGAUGAUGAUGAGGCAAGCAUCCAGCGGCUGGCACAGCGGCGUGCCACGCGUGUCGGGGUCAACCUGCGGGAGAUGAUGGAGGCGGAGGCGUCCUUGACGCGAAGGAAGUCGUGA